AUCAGUUUCAAAUCUGAAAGGUGCUCGCUAGAAGCAUGGUUUAAAAGACAACGUAUCAUAUAAAGAACCGUUAGCCGAGCAGAGCAUCACGGAAGGCACCAGUGAACAUUUCCAUUUGAUAGCAUUUAAGCCUGUUUCCACAACCUAGCAACUUUGAGUAAGAAAAAAAAUGACAAUGACAUCUCUGAAGGAAUUAUAUAUGUGUUUUCUUUGUUUUAAUUUACUCUUCCAAGAAGUAUUUUCUGGAAAACAUGUUCUCCGCUACAUUUUUACUGGCAUUUCAGAAGGCACAAAAUACCCCACAUUCAUGGCUAUGGGAAUAAUUGAUGACAUUCACAUCUAUUACUAUGAUAGUGAAAGAAAUCAGGUUAUUCCUAGGCCAGACUGGGUGGACACAUUUCCAGAUCCAGAAUAUUGGGAAGAACAGGCACAGACACUGGGAUGGGAGAAGCAAAAGUUCCAGUCAAUCAUGGAGCAUGUCAAACAGAAGGCAGGAACACUACAAGGGAUCCAUACACUACAGAUGACCCAUGGCUGUGAAAUGAAGGAAGAUGAGACUUUUAGACUCUUCCAUGAAGUCAGCUUUGAUGGGGAAGAUUUCAUGAGCUUCAGCAGUGACACCCGGCCUAGUAAGCCGGCAUCUAGAGCAGCUGAGAUAAUGCAGCAGAAAUGGUAUGCCAGCAGUGACUGCAAGGAUCACUGGGAGAUGUAUUUGCAACAGUCUUGCAUUACCAGGCUGAAAACAUACAUCAAACAUUCAAAAUGGACCUUGGACAGUAAAGAGCAUCCUGCUAUUAAGAUCUGGAGCAAACAGUCCUCGGCAACACUUUCCACUCUUUCCUGUCUCGUUACUGGAUUCUACCCACAAGAAAUUGACGUGAAUUGGGUGAGGAAUGGUAAUGUGGUCAUCAGGCCAGAAGGAUCAAGCGGAACACUACCAAACCAUGAUGGAACUUAUCAGAUCAAGAAAUGGGUACAAGUCAACCCAUAUGAUGGGCAUACUUACAGUUGUUUGGUGAAACACAGCAGCAUCGAUCAAGGAAUUGAGACUACCUGGAAGGAGGAAGAUGGAGACCCUGGGACUGUGUUUUGGAUUAUUCUUGGCAUCAUUACCGGUUGUGUCUGUAUAUUUCUGAUGAUGCUUAUUGGUCGGGGACUGUAAAGAACAGCACGGGGACCAAAAUCUGAAGAGCACAACUUUCCUUCACCUCAUAAAGUUUUAACAUUGUGCCAUAAGGGUUGCAAUCAUUUCACGAAAAGGGUAUCCUGCAUCCCAGCAACUGGAAUUGAAGAGUUGUGGGUGAUUAGUAAUAUAACUGCAGAAUAUUCCAUCCUGACUCCCUAAAUUGGCUUUUAACUAUCAAAAAGUCACAUUAAGAUUGUUUGUAAUGGCAAUAGGUGAAGAUACCAGAUGAAGGACUGUAUCAGUUCUGGUUCUUUAUUAAAAAAAGACUCUUACUUUAUAGAAAAUCGCAAUAUAUGAGAUCUGAUUUUAUGUAACAGUUAUAGACUGUCUGUUUGUAAGAAACAAACAGAGUAGAAUGUACAUUUCUCAAUGGAUUUCCUGCAUUUGUUAGUGCUCUGGGUUACACUAUAACUCUAAUCUCCGGAGCAGUAUUGAUACCCCAUAUAUCAAUACUGACUGUAUGGAUAUAAUUAAUGCAUACAUUUUAUCUUGUGCAAAAUUAUGGUGAAGAUUAUUGAACAUGCAUGAGAUUUAAGCAGAUGAAGUCUGCAGAUAUUGCCAGAAUUUAAUUUAUUAGUAGAAAGCUACUUGUGGUACUUGCUGUGAGGGUUCAUAGCCUAUAAUAUAUUACGGAUUGGUUUCACUGUAGGUUUAUGACACAGCUCUGUGGAAACUCACAGUGUUAACGAACUGAAUUGUUUGAGCUCACUGUUCUGUGUGUGUGUGUCUGUCUGUGGUUUAAGGGACUGCAUAAAGAAAUGAGUUCAUCUAAUGUUAAAUGAAUGGUUUUUGCUCUCUUCUGGAUUGUCACUUUAAAUAGAGCUGCUAUUUAUUUGCAGAUAUAUGGUUUCUUUAAACCAGGAUCAGAACAUGAUCUCUGAAAUUAGCAUUUCUCUUAUUUUAUCUCUUGGUUUAUAUUUAACUUAAGAGUUAGAAAUAAUUUAUCAGGUUUUUGUAUGUGCCUUUAUGUAAUACACUUAAAUAACAUAAUGUAGUUACUGUGACCUGAAACAGCCAAGAGUAUGAAUUAAGAUCAGAAGACUUAUAUUGUACAUGCUUUAUGUAAAUUAUCAACAAAGUCACAAUAAUUAUUAAAAAUUCGUCCUCCGAGUGAGAAAUAUCGAACCUACUUUAAACUGUAAUAUCCAAAGAAGAUAAUCAAUUCAGUUCAAUGUUAAACCUCAGAAAAAACAUUGCAAAAUUGUUUAAAGGAUCUUUUUCAUAACAUGUUAGCCAACAGCAUUUCAAGCUUCUCACAAAAUGCCUGCUUCUUUACUCUAUCUAGAUAAGAGAAGCACUUAGAUUAGUCAUAUUGUACUGAGACAACCUGUUCCAGACUUAGACCAUAGUUUGAACUGCAGCAGUGUUUAUCCAGACUUCAACAAUUAUUUCAGUGUUAUACGUUGUCAUUCCAUAGGUAAUGUUAUAUGUAUCCAGACUUCGACAAUUAUUUCAGUGUUAUAUGUUGUCAUUCCAUAGGUAAUGUUAUAUGUAUCCAGACUUCGACAAUUAUUUCAGUGUUAUACGUUGUCAUUCCAUAGGUAAUGUUAUAUGUAUCCAGAC